UGUGUACAAAGCAGCGAUAAGGGAAGCUGUUUAGUCAUAGCUGUGUCUUUGAGGGUCCUAAGCAGAAGGGUGAGGAGCAGAGUACAGUGAUUCAGGAAACAGGCUCUCGAAGGAGCUUGUUUCCCAGCUGCCGGGACGUCACGGGAAAGACAAGAAACUCACAGCAUGUUUUUAUCAGGGGUCUGGAUUUUAGCUGUUUCCGUCACUGUGGCAGUACAGGAAAAAAACCCUCUUGCUCCAUGUCUCCCAGGACCCCAAGGUCCUCCUGGGAACAAUGGAGUUCCUGGUCAUAAUGGACACAAUGGGCUCAAUGGGGAGAAAGGGGAGAAGGGACUCAGAGGGGAACCAGGUUCCACAGGAACGCGUGGGCCACAGGGCCCUCCAGGAAAACUAGGUCCAAUGGGACCAAAGGGCGAAAGUGGACAACCAGGUCCCACCGGCCCACAAGGACGCCCGGGAGAAUGCUCACCACGUCAGAAAUCUGCCUUUGCCAUGAAACUCGCCAAAAACUAUCCAGCUCCUAAACAACCCAUUAUAUUUCAUCAAAUUUUAUACAAUGAUCAGCAACAUUUUGAUAAGGCCACAGGAAUUUUCACUUGCCAAAUACCUGGAGUUUAUUACUUUGGCUACAAUGUGGAGUUGUACCGGAACACCACGGUCAUUCAGCUAAUGAAAAACAGACAGGCAGUGAUAGGAUCAUAUCAGACCACCCUAAACUCUUAUGAAAAUAUGUCAGGAAGUACGGUCCUUAAGCUGGGGAAGGGUGAUAAGGUCUGGUUAGAAGUGAACCAGGAGAGUAAUGGAGCGACACACACAAGCUACUUUUUGGGUUACCUGAUAUUUGAAAUUUAGAUUUCUGCAGAACUUCUGAAUUAGCCUCACCAGUGUGUCAGAAUUUAAGAGAUAAGGAAAGUAUACCCGGGGGUGGGGUAGGGUGAGGGGUGCAGGAGGUUUUGUCAGGGUCUAAUUCCCUAUUAUAGCAGCAUCUGUUAUUAUGGUAGCACUGCCUACUAUUAUGGUUGCCCUACACUUCCCAUUAUAAGACGCAGUUUUCUGUUGUUUAUAACUUUCCCAAAUUCUAAUAGUUUGGGCUGAAAAUUUCCAUGCCAGGUGUCUGACUCUCGCUCAAUGUUUUUGGAAAAUGUCAGCCAAAACACUUUAGCCAACUCUGAGAAUGAGUAUAAGGGAAAAUACAUUUUGCCUGUGUUAAAAAAACUCUGGUGCCUUUUUCUUUGAGAAUCUCUAAUGCCUCCAUACUUUGGAGCAAGGUCUUGAUAUUUGGCAAGCGAAUGGCCUUUGUUUCAGGGAUGUUCCUGUUGGCAUCCCUUUGAAAAUCUGCCCAAAUUUAGCCACAUUAUAAGGCUUUGAAAAUUUGCAGUUCACACAUGCUCAGUAGACACUUCCUAGAACUCCACAGCUAAAUUCCCAAAAGAUUCCAUCUGUGACGUUGCACUCCAUAUGCUUUAUAAAAAUGUGUUUAUAAGUGUGAAUAUGAUGUAACGGAAAUAUGCUUUAUGCAAAAGGUCUCUUGUAAGGUAUAAUUACAGAGCUUAUAAUCGA